GUAACUGGAGUUGGAUUUAAUGCGGUCGAGGGUUCUCCUAAACACAUAAAGUAACCAAAACGACUUUCGGCAGCCCCUGGCAGAUCUAUCUGUCAGUCAAGGCUAGUCGCAAUGUAUAAAAUACUCAUGACAAACCUGGAUGCAUAUUCUAUUGUGUUCCUGGCUGUUCGAUAAUUAUACUGCAGUACUUGCUCACUUUGGUGCUGCUGUACAGCGUGUGCAGUUGCCUAAGUGUUGCAGUAUGCGACUGCAUCGAUCUCGUGACAAGGAACAGGAAUUCUGAUGCACAUGGCUGGCAGCCAGACGGCGCGCUGCCAUAAUUAGUCAAUGCGAUACAUGUCCUGGCUGAUUUACUGAGCUGAAUAUGGCUUGAGUUCGCUGGCGCGGAAAAGUGGUUAAUGACUGAAUGUUCUCGUUUUUCAUUUUUAAUUAUCGGCAAGUCAGAGUGGUCCAGGAAAGGCUAGGGGCAUUCGGGGAUUCUGUGAAGCUGGCAGCGCGAGAAUUAAGCUCGAUUACGCUGCUGUUUCAUCUGCAUGGUCUUUCGGCGAAAUCAUUGAUGAGCUUUUACCGGAAACCGGUUAUGUCUUGUUGGUGAAUGGUGCUUGAUGCACCAGCCGUGCAUGACCGUCUCAAGACGGAGAAUUAUUUGGGCACUUUAGCCAGUGGCAGCCUGUGUGACAGUUGCAAGCAUUUAAUGCAUGGCUCCCUUAUCUGCGGCAGCUGCCCGUGUCAACUCGGUGUUGGUCAUUCCUGUCAGCGGAGCUGUUCGACUCGGCUGGAAAAGCGAUGUACAGCGUGCGCACUGGCGGAGAGCUGCUUGGCACGAAGAGUUUUUGGUGUAGAACUUAGUCAGCAGCUGCUAUCAGAUGAACCGGUGCCGGCACUGGUUGCUCGAUGUGUGGAAGAAAUCGAAAAGCGCGCGUCGGCUGCAACUCACGAUCUCAAUAGGAUAUUUUCCCUUACCGUUCCGGCGGAUGUGGUUCGGAUAGUCUGUGAACAGAUCUCAUUAUCAGGAGAUUUGAACUUAUUGUCGGCCUGUGAAAUCGCCUGUAUUGUUGAAGUAUUAAAGCGGUAUUUAUUGGAACUGCCUACUCCUGUGAUACCUACCUCCAUGUACGACAUGUUCAUAGAGGCCACAAGUUUAUGUGAAACCGAGGAUCAGCGCGCUAGUAUUAUUCUGGAUUUGGCAAAAAAAUUGCCUGACGCCCAUGCGAAAACCCUGCGAUAUUUGAUGGGCCAUUUUUGUCGCUUGUGCUCAAUGAUAAAACAGUCAGAGAAGAAGUGUAAUCCCACAUUAUUGCUGCAACCAUUAGCGGUGGGGCUUAUCCGGCCAUCUUGGCUCAAAACAGAACUGAUUUCGCGGCAUAUAAACUGGUACAAUGUCAUCUUGGAAACUCUUCUACUGAAGGGAACCUGGGGUAUCGAUCUAUGUAUUGCGGAUUUAGAUUUCGGUGUGCCCUCGGGACUGCCGGAAAUAGCCUCAUUAACAUCGGAAUUUGCACGUCGGAAUUCCAUCGGUGCACGAGGUUUAGCGUCGUCACCGAAAAAUUUGGAAGAUUGCGAUUGGUAUUGGGGUAGUGUGUCGCGUGAUGAUGCUGCUGCCGCCAUGAAGGAUCAGCCCGAUGGAAGUUUCCUGGUGCGCGCUUCAUCCACUAAAGUGCAAGGAGAAUAUACGCUGACGUUGCGAAAAGAAGGAGCGAAUAAGCUCAUCCGCAUUAUUGGACGGGAUGGCAAAUAUGGAUUUGCCGAGCCCUUGGAAUUCGAUAGCGUCCAGGCUGUCAUUGAUUAUCACCGCACUAAUUCCCUGGCGCCCUAUAAUCGCAUGCUUGACAUCUGUCUCAUCAGUCCCUUGUCCAAGAAUCAGGGUGUUAUUGAUUCUUCCGAUCGGGAUAAGAUUUUGCAGCAAUUGAAGGAAAACAACAUGGAAUAUAACAUGUGGAGUGAGAUUUAUGACCGCCUGACGGAGGAGACUACACGUACGGCCCAGGAAGUCAACAUGAAAACCCAGGCCAUGGCGGCAUUCGACGCGGCAGUAUUAAUGUUCGAAGAGCAGAUCAAAAUCCACGAACGCUACCAGCGUGAUGCAAAGCCCAAUGAGAUUGACGCCGUUAAAGCCAACUAUGCCCUAUUGAAAGCCCGUCUGGACGGGAUAUUGAGUAAUCGAGCCAAACUGCAAGUUGACCUCAAUCUCCAGACACAGUGGCUGAAGACGAAGGAGAACGAUCUGGCUAACAUCAAACCACGCAUCACCCAUUUGAACAUUGUUCGUGGCGAUAUGAUCAAGUUGUUGACCAGGAGUGGGGUUAAUCAAGGUGAGCUGGAUGAGAUCCUGCAGGAAUCAGCGAAGUUGGGAGAAAAGAAAGGCUCGGAGAGAUUGAAAUCGUCUCCGGUCAGUGAAACGAUUCUUGAAGUACCCGCAACGUCCGAGAUGGUGCAGAAUGAUGAGAAGAUGUGGUACAUACCAGAUGCUACCCGGGAACAAGCAGAGAAACUACUUAUUAACAAACCAUCCGGGACAUUUCUUAUUCGCCGGCGAAUGGAGGGCUCGUCUGGUCAGACGCAUGCGCUUUCUGUUAUGGUGAAUGGCAAAGUAGGUCAUUGCCUGAUCAAUCAGAAUGAGAACGCAUUCGGUUUCGCGGCACCCACAGGAGAAUUUGUCACAUUAAGGGAUCUGGUGUCGCAUUACGCCAAGAAAUCCCUCAAAGAGCAUAACCCCCAAUUGAAUGUGACAUUGGCUUAUCCAGUGAAUGCGCCCGGUACCAGUUCGUAAUUAUGGUGUUCGUAAUGGCGAACAACAUGUUCGUUGGCACCGUUAGCGGUCGUUUCCUACCCUACCAGUGUUCACUGUACGGAAAGACGUCAUUUUCGGAAUGAAACUGCCAAAAGCGCCCUGUUGUUGCUGUUUCAUCUUGCCAUGCAUUCCAGUGGUACUGUUUGGAGUUGUAUCCUACUUCCGGCAGUAUGCUUCGUUGUAUUGGAUUUUUGUAGGAAUUUCAUUUUUUACUUUUAUGUAUGCUGACAGAAUGUUGUUUUGUUUCUGUAUAAAGAUUGUAAUUUUUUUGCUGUACAUUUAAGAGGUUUAAUUUUUCUUUGAUAACUUGAUCCGUCAUUUCCGAUUGAAUCGUUGACUGUUG